AUCAUGCGUAUACUCAAGUCCAAUAAAAAAAACACCGACAGUUAUUCAACACCAGCAACAACAUCAUCAUCAACAACACCUUUAUCAACACCAAACACCGCAGCAUCCAACUCAACAAGGUGUUCCACAAAACAACACGUCAAAAUUUCAACGACUUAUUCAGAGCAGAUCUUCCUGUCGGUCAAAACCGGCUAAACCGAGUUCAAAUGCAAUCGUAAGCACGAUCAAAAGUGCUGAUGUGAACCUGCUGAACCAACUACUGCACUGCAGCGAUAGUGCCAACAACACUGAUGACGACAACGUUCCAGUUUUGUUCCUAACCUUAGAAAAUAGUGCUAAACCUGACAUGCUCAAGGUGUUACUGGAACACGGAGCGGACCCCAACGCCCGCCACCCUAUCAUCCACAAAACAUGCCUCCACGUGGCGGCCAAACGUGGCUACCAUCUUUGCGCUCGCAUACUCCUGGCAGCCGGAGCUGAUUCAGAAGCCAAAGAUUUCAGAGGCAACUCAGCCCUGAUGUACGCUCUCAAAUUUGGUCACCCCUCAGUUGCGAAGGUCAUUCUACAAGGGUCAGCAAAAUUAAAUACGAGUUUUGAAAAUUACGUCAACAACAAAGGCGAAACUUUGCUGCAUGUGGCCAUCGAAGGAGGUGACAUGGAGUGCGUGAAGUUAGCGGUGAUAGCAACACCAACUUGUAUGAGAGAAAACGUUGAUGGAAACGGCAGAACUCCUCUAUUCGUAGCGUGCAAACUCAAUCGCCCUUCAUUGGCAGAAUUGUUGAUAGACUCUACUGAACACUUUUAUAACAUCGACGCCCAAGACAAAGAAACAGGGAAGACGGCUCUGCACUACGCAGUUGAAAAUAAGAACAUACUUCUUGUGGAACAUUUGCUAAGACUCGGAGCCAAUCCAAAUGCGAGAAACGAUAACUGGGAAACGCCGUUUCUGUCGGCGGUAAAACAAGGCCUGGAUGCAGACAUGCUGCUUCUCUUUGUCAAUUUUCAGUGUGAUGUUAUGGCUUCAGACCGAUAUUUCAAUACGGCUCUUCAUUACGCCGCUUCUGAAGGCAUAUCCCACCUGAUCUCAUUCUUAGCCGAGUUGGGACUGAAUCCUAACUGCAAAGGAGACUGCGGCUUGUCACCCCUUAUGAUAGCAGCCUUCAGGAAUUACUUGGAAUGCGCCGAAGAACUUUUAAAGUGUGGGGCAGAUCCAGAUUUGUUGGAUAGAAACUCAGCCACUGCACUCGUUUACUCCAUCCUUGGAUCGUCAAACAGAAGUCCUGACAGCAAAAACAAUGCAGAAGUAUCUAAUGUCAACCAACUGGAAACCAUUAAAUUACUAUUGAGGUUGAGUUGGGAGAAUAUAAAUUCAAAAAAACGUUUUGUUUAA